AUGACAGAUAGUAUUCCAAGACGGUCUGAUUCGUUUGAGCUUGAUUCUCUUCCUCCAGCUACGCCAACGAAUCGAGACUCAGAAAAUAUACCAUUACAAGACUUUUCCGAAAAUAAGCCUCUUGGCUUAAAUUCUGAUGAGAACGCCAGAGAACAAUGGCUUUUACUUGAGGAUAGCAACAUGUUCAAAAGAUUCUUUAAGAGAGUAUGGAAUGGGCCAAUUCAUCCAGCUGAUGAUCCCCCAUCUUUCCCUGAAAAAUGGCAGAUAACUAAAAAGAUAAACAAUUGGCCUGAAGAAGUCUUCAAUAAGAGAUUCCCAAAAAAGAGUACCCGAAUACUUAUUCUGAUUGUGUAUUGCGCUCUUUGGUUUGGGACAUUAUUCCUAUUAAUCCAUCCAUAUUUAAUUAGGCCUCCUUAUUUUUAUCCUGACGACGGUAAAGAAAAAAUACCUAUAUUAUCUCUAAGUUGCAACUCUUAUUUAGAUUGGGAAGGUACAAAUAAUGCAUGUGGGAUUAAUGCUGGGGCUUGUGGACCUUUCGAUAACAGGGAAUAUAUGAUCCGAUGCCCAGCUUUUUGCGAUAGGGGAGGGUGGACAUAUUCUGCUAUUGCCGUGGGCAACAAGAGGAUAAAAUAUACUGGUUACAAGAUUGGAGGUGGCCCACUCGGUCAUUCUGAGGACCAUAAUAAACUUUCAUACCCUUAUCGAGCUGAUUCUUUUCCGUGUGCUGCAGCAGUUCAUGCGGGACUAAUAUCGCCUGUCGUUGGCGGCUGUGCUCGAUUAUCAAAGGAUGGGAGGCAAUACAGAUUUCCCUCAAGACUUGGAAAAUACGGUACUGGAUUGUCCGUUGCAUUCAAUUCUUUUUUUCCAAGUUCUUUUUCGUUUAGAGAAAUAUCGAACGGGAUAGCAACAGGUUGCUAUGACCCCAGAAUUGCUGUCGUUACUCUAAGUGUAAUUUUUGGCUUACCGCUAUUUUACAUUUAUGACAGUAUAUAUGGAUAUUGGGUCCUUACAAUUGUUGCAUAUUGGGUGAUAGCAUUAGCACUUGACCCACCAAUGUUAACUGAUGCACAUGACAUAGCCAGCGUUUAUGAGCUUUUCAGUUUAGGUUUCCAAAGAUUAUUCCCACUUUGUUUUCUGUUAUAUGUUGGAUGGAAAAGUGCUGUCAAGAGAACGUUAGAGAACGGCUCGCCGCUUGCCAAAAUAAUACUAUGGUAUCCUACGUUCUGGCUAGGUGUUAUGAAUAAUAUUACGUUUGAUCGAUUGCCAGUAGACAGACUGACAGCCAAAGAUCUCAAGGAACAAGCCGGUGCUGCGACCGCCGUGGGUUCAAUUGCGGCGACUAUCCUUAUCUGUGCAAUCAUACAAGCUUAUUCUCUGUGGAAGUCAGGUAGAUUUAGAAAAUUCUUCAAGAUCUACAUAUCAUUCAUUUCCGGUCUAAUAUUUCUUGCAUCUAUCCCAGGAUUAAAUUUAAGAAUACAUCAUUAUAUACUAGGUGCUGUGCUUUUACCAGGAUGUGCCACACGCGGCUCAUCUGCUUAUCUAUUCCAAGGAGUCCUUGUGGGAUUAAUCCUAUCCGGUGUUUCAAGAUGGGAUUUUGCCAGUAUUGUUGAAACAGAUGUAGCACUACUAAGAGGGGAAGGGGGUGGCCGUUUAGAACCACCCACUUUUAACUUCAACACAGGAACUCCUCAUAUGAUCUCUUGGUCACUCAACGACACGACGACAGAAAAAGAUCUUACAGGUUCAAUCAACGGGUAUUCAUUACUAUUAAAUGACUUCGAGGUUUAUUUGGGCACCAAUUCAACAAUUAGUUUGGAUGUUUUAAAAGCAGAAAAUUCAUUAUUAAAUAACCUGAUGGAGGAAGCUAUCUUAUCUUCAAAUGGAACAAUUGAUCUAUAUUUACGUGUUGCCAGAGCGUCCAUGAGGAACAGCGGUGAACUUCGUGGGGAUUACACGAACGGUGCAAUCCUUAGCUGGCCUGAGGGGGUUUGGACUGAUCCUGAACCGGGCGUUUCUUAA